AUGGUUCUCUUACUCGACGCUGAUCCGAAUCCCGACAACUUCUAUUCCCGGCUCAUUCGAGGGCAAAGAUUCGCCGUCAUUCCAACAUUCCCGCUGGAGUCAGGAGAAGAACUCUUUGACUGCCCAAUCGCAUACAAAACAUGGGGAAAAUUGAACGAGCAAAGCGACAAUGCUCUGGUCAUAUGCCACGCUCUGACGGGGAGCAGUGAUGUGAGCGACUGGUGGAGCCCCCUCAUAGGACCUGGGAAAGCCUUUGACCCUCGACACUUCUUCAUCUUCUGUGGCAAUGUCCUGGGCUCCCCCUACGGGAGUGCGUCUCCUUUGACCAUUAACCCAGGUACUGGCCAACGGUAUGCUAGCGAGUUUCCCCAGACGACGGUCAGAGACGAUGUUAGAGCACACAAGGUGGUGCUUGAUGCUCUUGGUGUCAAGUCGGUAGCAGCCGUCAUUGGAGGCUCUAUGGGUGGCAUGACAACUCUAGAAUGGCCUCUCUGUACACCAUCAGGUUUUGUCCGAAACAUUGUUCCUAUUGCUACGGCUGCUGAUCACUCUGCCUGGGGCAUAUCUUGGGCUGAAACCCAACGACAGUGCAUUUACUCCGACCCAAAGUACGACGAUGGAUACUAUGAGCCGAUCCCGGAAGGCCAACCCUCAGCAGGACUUGCAGCAGCUCGGAUGAUUGCCAUGCUGACAUAUCGUUCUUGCACGAGUUUCGAUAGCCGCUUCGGGAGAAAACCUCCACGAAAUCCCCAGAUACCUCAGGAACCACCUUUGGAUCUUCCGAGGACAGACGCGUCCAUCAUGGAAAUGCCAAGACCUAGGAGAGACAGAGGCUCGCAGCGGAAACAAAAUCCAUCAUUUUCGGCCCAGGGAUACCUACACUAUCAGGGAGAGAAGUUUAUUAAUAGGUUUGAUGCCAAUUGUUAUUUGCACAUCACCAACAAGAUGGACAGCCACGACGUCACCUAUGGCCGGACGCAACCAUCGGGGGAUGAAGGCUUGGCGGAGGUGUUGUCUCGAGUACCGCUGGGAGCCUUGGUCAUUGGCGUGGAGACCGAUGCGCUUUUCCUCCCUAAGCAGCAAGAGCGGCUUGCCACCAACUUACCUGGUGCAUCAUUACACGUUCUCAAGUCAUCUGAUGGACAUGACGGUUUCCUACUCGAGUUUGAGCAGCUCGAUACCUUGAUCCAAGCCCAGCUAAGAUCUCAGUUGCCGAAUCUCUAUGACAUGAUACAUGAGUCAGAUGAAUCGCUGGACCUUCUUGCGAUAGACGAGGCUGGGGAAAGCUUGACGGGCGAGGUCGAGGAUUGGUAG